AUGAACCCUAAGAAAAUUGGUCGCUUUCGAAUCCUCGUCAUAGGAAGGGCGAGUGCAGGAAACACUACCGUGCUUUCAAGAGUUUGCAACACACCGGAGAACCCAACAAUAUACAGCGCUGGGAAAAAGCGCGGAGAGAUGGUGUUCAAAAGCAACCCGGGAUUCGUCUUUCACGACUCGCGUGGGGGCGGCGGAUCCGAAUUUGAGAAGGUCAAGGCAUUCAUCGAGGGCCGUUCAGAGGAGAUGAAAGUCGAAAAUCAACUCCAUGCUAUCUGGUACUGCAUCCCAAUGGACGAGGCAAGCAGGUCGUCCACUCAGUGCGACACUGGAAGCAGUAAGCUUUCGCAUCCAACCGUCGUUAAGAUUCAACUGAUGCGCAAAAUCGUGACAGUCCUUGAUUCCAUUAUUAGUAAGGACAUUCGACACUCUCCAAAAUGUCAUGUAUGCCUUCCUAAUAUGGACAAGGACGAUGCAGACUGCGAGCCACUCAUCGAACGCACGGCUGGAACUCUGGAUGAUGAAGUACUGAAACAAUUAUUUGUCUCCACCCAGCAGACCAACUUGGAGCUCUGCGCUCGAGAGAACACUUUUAACUAUACCGAAACAACAUCAUCGAAGGACCCCAAGGAGAUAAAGGGACGUUGGGCGCCUGGUUCCCACAUAUUUGAGCAAGAUUAUCGAAAAGUUUAA